ACAGACUGGAUUCAGGGGUUGAUUCUGUCCUUUGAACGCAUGCGUGCUGGGUUUAAAACCCACACAGGAGUAAAAUCCGCGCUGAAAUCAUGAAUCGGAGACGUUUGUGUGUGUGGAGCAGGAGCUCAGAAGAGCAGGUAUCUUCAUGUGGAGGAGCGUGAUGUGAAUAUUCAGGACAACGCUUUUUAUUUAAGGUUCAAGUCGUGGCCUUGUGUUUAAAUCGCUCCCUCCUUCCUCUUCCUCUUCUUCCUCCGUCCCGAAUCUCAUCACUGUGAUGGCUGAUGAGCAGCAACACACAGGACAGCAGCUUCCAGCAGGACUCCAAGGAGCCGAGAGCAGUGCGCUGCAGCUCAAAAUCAGCAGCUCGAUCUGCAAAUCUGUACAAUCAAAGGUGGACAGCAUUUUGCAAGAUGUGGAGAGGUUUACAGACAUUGAGAAGCUUUACCUCUACCUCAAACUGCCCUCAGGCCCCAGCAGCAUCAUCAGCAGCAGCAGCAUCAUCAGCAGCAGCAGCGACAAAAUCGGCGAGCAGAGCUGCGUGUCCUCCAGCCGUAUGCAGCAGAUGCACGCGUUCAGCUGGAUACGGAAUCACCUGGAGGAGCACGCAGACACCUCGCUCCCUAAACAGGAAGUCUUCGAUGAGUACAAAGGCUACUGUGACAAUCUGGGCUAUCAUGCGCUCAGCGCCGCCGACUUCGGAAAGAUCAUGAAGAACGUAUUUCCCAACAUGAAGGCGCGCCGGCUCGGCAUGAGGGGCAAAUCCAAGUAUUGCUAUAGUGGCCUGAGAAAGAAGCCGUUCAUUCACAUGCCGUCUCUUCCGAAUCUGGACGUACACAAAACAGGAGAUGGGUGUGAGGGCUUUGAACCUACUGGGCAGAACUACAGUGGGGAGGAUGAGAUUCGCUCUGCUGCCUGUGAUCUGGUGUGUGAGUGGGCUCAGAAAGUUCUGAGUCGUCAGUUUGUUAGUCUGGAGGACCUGGCACGCUUCCUACUGAACAGCCACUACAUCAGCACCAAGUCUGUUGCCGCUCUUACCGUGAUGACAGGAUCCCCUUCAGGGGCCCCAGUGUCUGUUCAGACAUCUGCGUUCAUGCCCACAACUGAAGCCCACUCAUUCCAGCCUCAGGUCAAAACGCUCAAUUCCCCUUCCAUCGACGCCAAGCAGCAGCUCCAGAGGAAGAUCCAGAAGAAGCAACUGGAACAGAAACUUCACUCCCCGCUUUCUCCUGAAGCUCAAAGCAGGAGGCCAGAAGGGGUCAGUACUUCUUGUGCAAGCACAGGAAUCCCAUGUGGAAGCCCUGCCCUACUUUCACCGCAGCCCACCAUCGGUAUUGUGGUAGCCGCAGUUCCUAGUCCAGUUACGGUUCAGAGAAGCAGACAGUUGAUGUCUCCCAGCCCGGUUCCUGUGGCAACAGCGGAGAGCAAGGUGCUCCCUGUUAAUUUUCAGGUGGUCACCCAGUCGGUUCCGCAUGUGAACCGAUGUCCAAAGACCCCUCAGAAUGUCCGUGCAAGUCCUGUCGGUGAUCGCCCCGGACGCCAUCGUUAUGCCCAAAUCCUGCCUAAACCGGCUACAACUAGCGCAAUCACGCUACGUUCACCUCCUGCGCUCCUUAUCACCAAAAGUUCCAUCAAGACCGUCAUACCAUCUAAGGACAGCUCCGUCAACAUUGUGAAAAUGACAGCCAUAUCGCUAGGACCCAGCAACAGCACCACCAGCGCUGCUGUCACCACAGCUAGACCCGCCUCUGCUGGAAUCACCAGCCAAAGUGAUGACCUCCAGCCUGUUACGCGCGUCCGUAGCGGCUCCAUUGCUGCAAUGCCAUCGACACAAUCAAAGCCAGGACAAACAACCACGACACCAGCAGUCGACAUCAAGAUGGAUGUUUUUGAUGUUGUCGUACAAGCAGGAAAAGCUCAGGGUGAAGCAGCUGGUGUGGGUACGCAAGUAGAAGGAUCGCUCAAACCCAGAGCUGCGAGUGUGCCUACACCUCUAGCUAAAAUCUCUGCGGAAAUAAACAGGCAAUCAGGGAACAAAUUAAACAGUAGAAUGCUCCCAAAUGAGAACAAUUUGGCUGCUGCCAGUAAUAAUAAUCCCAUUGAUACAAGCACUCUGUAUCAGGAUAUAGCAAAUCACAGUACCGUUUGUGCUCAAAUAACAAAUAGCAGCGCUUUUAUGACCCCACACAAGGAUGCAGAGUUGUCAUCACCAAGUCCGCGCAAAAGACAAGGCUUACACCCAGAUUCGAGUCUGACGCCGGUCAAAAAAAUGCACAUAUCCGAGGUAAGUGAAGAUGCAAAAUCGGAUACGGAAAUAGCAGCGAAGAAUGUUUCCAGGUCAGACGCUCCUGUCGAACCCGAAAGCGAACUUUCUUCAGCUGCUGGAAAAGUUAUGAUGAAGCUUACCUCCAGCAGUCCUACCCGAAUCCUUGCGUUCGCUGAUAGUCCGGCCGUAAAAACCUGCUUCCAGACUGUCAGCAGUUCCCAAAGCAUCUUGCAGGGACAAUGGGAAGGGUCUUCAUCUAAUGUAAAAAAUAUCUCUGCUGGUACUACAGCUUUAAGUGCUCCUUGCCAGGAUUGUCAGGUAAGGAAUACAAGCUUUCAGACAUUUAAUAGACCACGAAGUGUUUCCCAAGGACAGUGGGAUGGAUCUUCAUCCAAUAUGAACAUCAAGCCUAUAGUCACCCGCACUGUUAGCGCCCCAGGUCAGGCAAUGGUACAGCAGCAUGCAAACAAAAAUAUUCAAGCCUUGCAAGUAGGUCCAGAGCAGUCCAGCUCCUCUGCAGUAUGUGAACUAAAUACCGUGUUCUGGAAUAACGAGCAGCAAUGUGGCAAUCAGCAACAAAUUUAUUCUCAGCACGGGGCAGUAAAAAAUAAGCCGGUCUCUAGCUCUGUUAUGGAACCUACUGUGAUGACUCAGACCACUGCAGCAGGCCAGCUGGUGCAGAUGACUAGUGAUAUAGUGGAACAUGUCGCACCUCAGACUCAUGUGGGCUACUUCCCAUUUAAUGAUGAUGACAUGACUCAGGACAGUAUAGUAGAGGAACUAGUUCAGAUGGAGGAGCAGAUGAAGAUGAACAGUUCCAUGCAAAGCUUUGAUGACUGUGAGGACAUGGCACUACAAACUCAACAGGCUACCUUGCAGAACAACAUGAUUUCCAGUCACCAGGCCAGCACUUCUCGUUACAACUUGGCCAACAUUAGCAUCACACCUAUUCACACCCCGACCCCAAGUGCAGAGAUGAUGGGAAUGGGGCAAGGAUUGACCCAUGAGAGCCCCUGCUCACAUUUUGCCCCUACCACCCCUGUAGACAGUGCUCUGGGAAGCAGCUGUCAAACCCCAAUUGGAACACCACACUCAAACUGCAGUAGCGGCGUUCCGCCCAGUCCUGUUGAGUGUAGGAACCCAUUUGCCUUUACUCCUAUCAACUCCAGCAUCACAAGUUACCACGAUGGCAGCACUAUCUCCUCCAGUCCAGUCAAGCCUAUGCAAAGACCAAUGGCCACCCACCCGGAUAAAGCUAAGCUGGACUGGAUGAAUAAUAACUACAACAACAGUAGUAGUAAUUCCAACAGCGGGAUUAGUAUUCUCCCCAACUAUCAGAAUCUAGUGGAUAACCAGUUCAGGAAACCUCAUGCUUUUGCUAUUCCUAGUCAGACGUAUCCAUCACCAGUCAGGCACCAUGACAUGCACAUAAGUCGCUUGACACCAAUUUCACCAGUCCAGCAGCAAGUGGCUGGCAUGACAAACCUUAAUAAACAGGAGGGAUUUGCUGUUCCAGCCCCUCUUGAUAACAAAACCAGCACCUCUUCCUCUGGCUCGUUCCGCUGCCGCAGUGUCAGUCCAGCAGUCAGGCAGCGCAACAUGAGUGGAACCCCAAACCCUAAUGUCCGCCGUUAUGUGGUCUCUCCAUUUAAUUCACCAGUGACACCUGAAGUGCUGAAUAUCUUUUCUAACAGCCAAGUAAAUACUAGCGUUAGCAGCAUGGUGCAGAGGAGUCAGUCAGUGCCGCUAAAUGUGAUGAUGCAGACCGAGGUGUUGCCUAUGCAAGCUAGCGGGCAAACGAGCAACCCUAAAAACAUUACUACCGUCCUGCUUAACAAAAUGGAUUGUGAUGGAGACAAUGUGGUACGUGGACUUGGAAAGAACAAUAUGCCAUCCAGUUACACUGCUCGAAUGAACCUCUCACAAAUCCUGGAAACGACCGGUGCUUCCGGUUUCCCAGCCAGUGCCAAUCACCAGGCUAUGAUUUCGCCUGGCAUCUCAGCUUACAGGUUUACAAAGCCUGCUUAUCUCAUGAAGAACAACGUAGGGGAGCAAAUCUUUUCAGCAAGAGAGAACCAAGGCCAGUUAUUCUCAGAAGAGAGCAAGCAACUGUCUGAAGAGCGGCAAAAUCAGGCCUUAAUGGUUUCACCGCAUCAUGACCUCCAGAAACAUCAGCACCAGCAGUCUUUCCUUUACAAUACCACUGAUAAGGACCUGUUAGAUGAAAACAGCUUGAACACUAUCUCACAGCUUCCAGGCCAGGCAACUGAACUUGACACCGGUGGUUCAGAGUUUUCUGGUGAUAUGCAACUGACCUCUGAACUCUCCAGUAGCAUGAAUGAUUUAAACUCUUUAGAUGCAAACCUACUGUUCGAUCCAGCAUCAAGUCAGCAGCAAGUGCAGUAUGAAGAACCGACACUGGAGGAAUUAAAGAAUGACCCGAUAUUCCAACAGAUUUGCAACGAGACUGUGAAUUCUGCUGGCUUUGACUGGUUGGAGAGCAAGGACCAGGCAACGGUGGAAAUGUUGGGUUAAUUUAGUAGCUUGCAUUGUUUAGAUCAGGGGUCGGCAACCUUAAACGCUCAAAGAGCCAUUUGGAUCCGUUUCCCACAGAGAAAAAAACACAGGGAGCCACAAAACGCAUUUGACAUCUAAAAUGAAGACAACACUGCAUAUAUUAUCGUUUUUUACCUUUAUUUAAAGUAUAGAAAAAACUGUAGUGUGUUGCAUUUAUGAAAUCAAUAAACUGCUACCGAGUAAACGAAAUUUUAGAUCUGCAGGCAAACAAAAAUAUUUUGAACUAACCUUAACAAAAAAGACGCUGGGUUGAAGGUUACUUUCAAAUAAAACGCUCAAUGUCUAAUCGAGUCCUCUUUACGGAAGCGUAUUGCAUUCACUUGAGGAAAAAAAAUCUACUCUGUUUUUCUGAAUUAACGACUUAAUUAUCUCAAAAUUAUGAGAUCAUUUUUCGGGACAUGUUUACUUCCAUGCAAUCCACAUUAAGUCGUUAAUUCAGAAAAACAGAGCAAAAAACUUUUUAUUCAUGAAAAAUUCUCAUAAUUUUGAGAUAAUUAAGUCGUUAAUUCAGAAAAACAGAGCAAAAAAAAUUUUAUUCAUGAAAAAUUAUCUCAUAAUUUUGAGAUAAUUAAGUCGUUAAUUCAGAAAAACAGAGUAGAUUUUUUUUCCUUAAGUGAAUGCAAUACGCUUCCGUACCUCUUUGUAUUCAUGACAUCAAAAUUUUAACUUGCCGGCUGCAGCGAACCAAAAAAUGCGUCUGCUUCUGUGUUGGAUUUCGCAAGUCGGCAGUUACGACGCGUAUUUUGAGCGACAACAAAAUUAAACGCGGUUUAUUUUAAUGUUACAAGAGCAUCACAAUCUUAGAUUUUCAUUUUUUUUUUUAAAAAACUAACAAACUAAAAUAAAAUACAUUUAAAUUAAAUAUUUAUUUUCCAAAUCUACAGGGAGCCGCAGCAGAGGGACGAAAGAGCCACUUGCGGCUCCGGAGCCGCGGGUUGCCGACCCCUGGUUUAGAUAAUUAAUGGUUUGUUUUUUUUUUAAAUGUGUGUUUCACAGGAAGUUGUCUAAAUGUUUACACAAAACAGUAUUGCAGUGAAUCACUAGGUUCAGUUCCUAGGUUGAACAGAAAUUGUGCUUUUUUUUUUUUUUCCUCAGAAUGUUUUUGAUUUCGUGCUGUUGAAUUUCACUCCAAAUGUUCAAAUACUGGUACGAGAAUCGAAAAAUUAGCCAGGGCUCUAGUGUCUCAAAGUAAAUGGUUGUUACUGCUUCCAAGAAAUUCUGUAAAAUUAAAGAUCGAUAAUAAUUUUACAGUUCACCCAAAAAAGCAAGGGAUAUUUCUGCGCACCUUGCAGGCAAGGUAUCUUUGUGUAAAUAAAAAUAAAAUACUUUUUUUUUUUUUUUACAUUUAAAUACAUAAACUUUUAUUAAGACUUUUGAGCUGGCUUAUGUACUGUGAUUCAUUCAGACAUUGUUUUCAGCUUUGUAAAUGUAAAAUAGGUGCUUCCAGGUGGAGAAAUUGAUCAACAUGAACAUAAUAACGAAUAAAUGUAUUACUUUUAAAGUAUAACGAACGGAAAGAUUGUAACCCGCUCUCUUUUAUAUAUUGUAAUUAAUCUGUAAAGCUUUCAUAUACAUAUAUUAAAAAUGGAAAUUGGCACUUAAAUAUUAUACACUUUAAAAUUUUUAAUGACUUUUAAAGCCCAAAGAUGAACGGUAUUGGCUUUGUGAUAAUAAUAAUUGGCUAACUAGUCGUUGUAAAAUCAAUUAUUUCUUUCAAUUCAUGAAUAUUACUUUGAUUUUUUCCUGAUUUUAUCUCAGGGUUCCCCGAGUUCCCCUAGCUGAGGUAUUAAAUUCAAUAAAUGACGCAUAUAACCAAUCGUGUUUUAAUAACGAUCGUUAAAAGGCUUAAAUAUUUGCACUAACAAUCACAGUUUGUUUACUGCAAAUGUGUUAAAGAAAUCCAUGCUGCCGUUUCAUUUCGAAUGCACGAUAGACAACUGUUUAAGAGAAUAAUUAAGGGUAUAUUCUUCAGUCUAGACAUCGCUGGAGCGCGAUGAGCACGACCGAUGUCCAUUUUAGUGUGUGCUCUUCGUGUAUCGAAAACCUUUCAAAAAUAAUUACUGUGAAAAUGAGUACAACUUGAGUAUCAAAUCCAUAUUUAGAUCCCAAAUAACAUUGAAAGGAAAAAUGUCAGUAAGAGAUUUUAUUCAGGAUCUGAUUAGUCUAUAAAUUUUUCUAUCUAUGCAUUUUUUGAAUCAGUUGAUCUGCCACUUUUUUUGGUUUAGUGGGAGUUUGUUUUCUACAUAAACUUUACAUUUUUAUGUAACCUUCUUAAAUAUUUGACGUUUUGCAAAAGAUAAAAAAUGUCAUUUAUAUCAAAUGGAUCGAUUUGUCGUCGUAAGAAGUGCUGAAUAUUUUUAAACUUUUCUGUAGACUUUUUGUGAAUUUUUGGGCUUAGUUACUGUUUUUGCACUAAGAUGGAAUAUCAUAUUAAAUACCGCAGGACGAGUACCACUAUGUCGUCGUAAAGAAUUUAAGCUGAGAACACUGAAAGUCAAAGCUGAAAAAAAAAAUUUGGCUCAAAUGAUUGUGUAGAAUUGGUAUACAGCGUGAUGCUAAUUUACUUACGUGCCUGAUGUAAAAACACGACGUCGAUUUGCGUCAAUUUUAAGUCUCCACAAACAUCUCAGCCUUAAAGUCCCUCCGUACCAAAGAAAAGCUCCGAAAUUUGAGGGGAGUUUUUUUUUUUAUUUGGAAUUUUAUACCUUUUUUAAUUAUAAUUAGAAAAUUUUAAAUGUUGAUUUUUUUUUUUGGGGCAUUUUAGUAAGCACUCGUUUUUUUUUUUGUUUUUUUUCUAAUUUUUAACAUGCAAUCUGUCGUGUAGCACUGAAACUUUUACUAAAGGAAUAUUUAAAAAUCACACUACUGGUAUCAUUUAUAAACGAAAAUAAAGUGUAGCAGUGCAGAAGACUGUUAAAGUAAUUCACUGAUUUUAACUUGUAUGUGAGAAUCACAGACACCGUUUAAUGUUACCGCUGUAGCUGUUGUUGUUGUUGUUGUUGUUGUUGUUGUGGUUAUUAAACUGUUAAACUUGUAUUUAUCAGAUGCCAGCAAUUGUGCAACCUGCCUGAGGAAUUAGUCCUCAUGUACAAACAGAUACUUGCUUGCUAUGUAUUUAGUUUUGUAUUGUUUCUUUUAUGCUCUGUAUUUUAAGAAUAAAGAUGAAACACCGUAUAGAAUUAAAGAAGUUAUGUCGGGUUACAGUACGUAUCUUUCUGUCAUGGACAGGGAUUGGAAUCUGUAAAUCAGCACCUUGAAUUGGACAAAGCUUUAGAGGUUAAUUAAUACUGUUGCACUAUUUUCUUUUUCUUUUUUCAAGUUAAUAAAAAAGACCCUGAAAUUUUAUCCUAAGCUUUUAAAACCCAAGAAUAAAAGAAAAGUGAGAAAAAUAAGAAAAGUGUUCAGAAAGAAAACCUACAUAUAAUUCCCAUUGUGAUUAAUAGAACAUUGGGAAAUUAAUUGUUUACUUUUUCUGUACAAGUCUUGAAAGGCUUAAUUAGUUAGAUUUUUUUUAAAUCCUUCCAAAAAUCGAUGUAUUUUUCUUUAAGCCAGUCAAUUGGUUAAUUUGAUCAUAGGCCAGAACUGUGGGUGUUAUUCUGUGAUCUAAGACAUUAUCUUUAACCCUUUGUGGUGUUCAAACCCUGUACAUCUUGUUUUAUUAACUUAUGACAUUUUUUUUUCCUCUUUCUUUUUGCAUUGAAAGGGAUCACUGGCUUAUUU